CCUACGGAGGCCGGGGGGUGAGAGGGGCAACGCCGGGUAAGAGUUUGGAAGCGUCCGGGGCGAACAGGAGAGCUGAUGAGCAUCGGCCCCUUCUCCCUGCCCUCCUGCAGCCUUCGGGGUCGGUAGCCGCAGGGACAGCCCGGGGCCUGGUGUACGGCCAUGGACUUACGGUGUUCGGACUCCGUGCCUUGUCACAACCAGAAAGCAAACUCUGUCUCUACCCCAAGCUCCGAGCCGCUGCGACCUGGCGACCUGAUCUCAGACCAGGCCGAGGGAAACAGCGCCUCCAAGGCCAAGCCGACUCUCCUCGCAGGGCAUGCUCUUUCUAGCGUUCCGGCUGAGCUGGGUCCUCCGGCGUGCGGCGCGGCCAGCCUCAACUCCGAGAGCAGCGGUGGCGGUGGCAACUGUGACGCACCAACCAGCGAAUCCCUCCUAGAGGACCGCGAAGUCUCCGAGCAGAUCGGGGCGCAGCUUAAACUGCUGCCUAUGAAUGAUCAGAUCCGGGAGCUGCAGACCAUCAUCCGGGACAAGACAGCCAGUAGAGGGGACUUCAUGUUUUCUGCGGAUCGUUUGAUCAGACUUGUUGUGGAAGAGGGAUUGAAUCAGCUGCCAUAUAAAGAAUGCAUGGUGACCACCCCAACAGGGUACAAGUAUGAAGGAGUGAAAUUUGAGAAGGGAAAUUGUGGGGUCAGCAUAAUGAGAAGCGGUGAGGCAAUGGAACAAGGUUUACGAGACUGCUGUCGAUCCAUACGAAUUGGAAAGAUCCUGAUUCAGAGUGAUGAAGAGACACAAAGAGCCAAAGUAUAUUAUGCCAAGUUCCCCCCAGACAUUUACCGCAGAAAAGUCCUUCUGAUGUAUCCAAUUCUCAGCACUGGAAAUACUGUAAUUGAAGCUGUAAAGGUCCUUAUAGAACAUGGAGUUCAACCCAGUGUUAUCAUCCUACUCAGUCUGUUCUCUACUCCGCAUGGUGCCAAAUCAAUCAUUCAGGAGUUUCCAGAGAUCACAAUUUUAACUACUGAAGUUCAUCCUGUCGCACCUACACAUUUUGGACAGAAAUACUUUGGGACAGACUGAGUUACCAAAGGAAAAUUAAUGAUCUUGUGUACUAUUAUAGUUAAUGUUCUGAGUUUCUACUUGUUUUACUAAUUCACUUGAGGAAUGGCAGAGGAAAUUACGUUUUGUAACUUGGAAGUGGGUAUAGUAAAAAGGAAAUAUUUGAGAUUUAUUUAGUUUAUUUGAUUAUUUCUUAACCGUCGGUACCAAAUUCAACAGGGAAGCACACACAACUCUUAGAAAAUAUUUUAAUAAUGUUCUUCUGCAAGUCGAUGAUCCCUCGGUGCACUGAAACUGCUACCUAAUAUUUUUUUAGCCUAGUGCGGGGCUUGAACUCACAACCCUGAGAUCAAGACCUGCGCUGAGAU